GGAAAAAAAGGGAUUCAGACACUGCUCAGAAGAUUUGGGCCAUUAUUUAGUCGUUAUGGUAUUUUAUUUGUGUAGCGUGCAAUUUGGUAGCUACAUUGUCUUACAAGAAUGACAUUUCUGAAAAAAAAUCACUGGUUAUAAUGUGUUUUGGAACAACCUAAUAGCAACAUUGCAGCACAGAAAGUGGUUGCCUGGAUCUUCGACACUCUGCUCGCACUUUGAAGAAGCAAUUCACCUGAACCAUUCCUCUUGCUUUAUGCGUGCAUAAUCUUCAUUUUCAGAUAAAUCUAAUUGACGGCUAUCGUUUUCACACAGGGAGGCCUAAAGGUCUGGAAAUCAAACCUGAGAGGAUACUGGAGACAGAUUCAAUAGAGGCAUUCAAAAGGAAUAAUACUAUCAUCUGGAAAGGGUAAUCUGAGGGGAAGAUGUUCAAGGAGGCUGCAUCUAUUCUGGGCUGAUCCGGUGACCAGAUGGUGCUGGCCCUUCGCCCGUUGUUGAGGCGACUCGACCCCGGGAGCAUGGCUCCAGGCCCCGUUAGGUGGACGUGAGGCUCUGGCCGGGAAGCGACCCCCCCCCCCCCCCCCCCCCCCCCCCCCCCCCCCCACCAAACCCAGGCCCGGGAUCCGGUGAUGAGCGACGCCGGGUCCGAGCGGCAGCCCCGCGGCCUGGUGCGGGACAUCGAGCUGCAUGUGCUCGAGUGCAAGGUGUGUUUCGAGAGGUUUGGCAGCAGCCCGGCCCGCCGACCGUGCAGCCUGCCGUGCGGCCACGCCGUGUGCAGGCAGUGCGCCUGGGCCCUGUGCCGGCCCGAGCCCCGGAGGCAGCUCGAAUGCCCUUUCUGCCGCUGGAGCGGGCCCGUGUCGCGGGCCGCCGACUGCCUCCCCUUGCUGCAGCUGGCCGAGCUGCUGUCUUCAGCGGCCGCUGAGCCCCUCAGUACCGGGACCUGGCCGGCGGAGCUCAGCUCCGUGUUUGGGGGUUGGGGUGAGCUGCUUAACCCCCGGGGUCUGGCGGUCUGCUCUCACUCCGGAGCCCUGGCCGUGGUCCAGGACGGCGAGCAGUGGCUCCGGCUCUUGGAGUGGGGCGGCCGCCCGCUGCCGGGCCUGGGCCCCAGUGCGGACGAGCGGCCCGUCUACCCGCUGGACGUGGCGGUGGCCGGAGGCGGGCAGCUGCUGGUGGUGACGGACGCCGGGGACAGGUCGGUCAAGGUGUUCGCCCGGAGGCCGGGCGGCCGGCUCGAACUGGUGUUAACGGAAGGCGGCUUCGGCCUGCCCUGGGGGCUGGACUGCGGCUCGGCCGAGCGCUUAGCGCUGACCGACUGGGCCCAGGGCUCGCUGCUGCUGCUCGACCUGCAGCUGCCCGGCGGGGCUUCACUCCGGCGGGACAGCGUCUGUCACGGGCUCUGCCACCCCCGGGAAGUGGCCGUCAGCCGGCGGGACGGCUGUAUCCACGUCGUGGAGCAUCCCGGAUCCAGAGGGGGCCGGCGGCUGAAGACCUUCAACAGUCGGGGGCACCUGGUCCGUCAGUUGGACGGCCUGGGCCGGAGCCCCGGAGCCGGCCUCGGCAUUUCUGGUAUCGCCGUCGACGGUCAAGGCAACGUCCUGCUCGCGGACGGGGACAGUGGCACCGUGGUGUGGGUAAGCGGCCCGGACAACCGGCAAUGCAGGACCCUGAUCGAGCGGGGCCUGGUCCGGCCUGUGGCCUUGGCCUGGGCCGCUGACCACACCCUGAUGGUGCUGGACGCUGGAGAUCACACCCUCAAAGUGUACACGGUCCGCUGAAGACACCGCAAUGAACGGAGCCGACAUUCCAUCGCUGUUCCUGCAAAACCUCCCAAAAACAAAGCACUUUGUGACCAGAAGAAAGACUAGGAAUGAAAUUCAACUUGAACUUUUAUAGGGGAGGGACCCAGGAGCUGCUAUUGGAAAUACAACGAUUGUCUGUACUUUUGUAAAAAAAACAAAAUUUACUGGAAAUCUAACACCAAAAAUAUUGAAUUACGUUAUGUCCUUUGAAGAUUAUACUAAAAGUUAUGUGCUUUAAAAAUUAUUAUAUUAUAAAUUAGGCCAUUUAAAGA